AUGAUGUCGGCGAUGAUAGGUCGCGUGUGCAUGUGCGCUGCGUAUGGGAAGAUCGCUGCAAACGCGGCGAAGGAGGGAGACAAGGAGGAGAAGACGGAUAUGGCGGCAUGGGCUUUAGAAGCGUCCGCAUGCACUGUGUGGUGCUUCGUCGAGAACGGUGACGCCCAGGCGGUGCUGAACGUUGAGAUCAACAGGGACCGCCUCCUGGGAGAGGUUGCUUACAACGUCGCGCUAGCGCUGCAAAGUCAUGCCCUUGACAAGGUCUACCCGGGGGGGAAUGCUGGCGUCGAUAACGACGUGGUCGCUAGAGUCACAGUCAAGACCAUGGCGUUCUGGGGAAUGUGCCCCGUCGCCGGCCCGAAACUCAAAGCGAAGGGUAUCGCAGUGCUAUGCAACGCGCAGAUGAAGGCCGAUCUUGACAACAGGGGGAGGAAGGGUCAGAGGGGCAAGAAGGGGACGAAGGCCAAGGGCAGCACGGCGAAGAAGGGUACGAAGGCCAAGGACAGUGCGGGGAAGAAGGGCCAGAAGGAGACGAAGGCCAAAGACAGCACGGCGGCAUAG